AUGUCAUUCUUAUUUUUACUUGUAGUAUUUGUUUUAAUUAAAUCAUGUAACUUGAAAGUUAAUGCUGCUAUGUCAUCGUAUCAUGAAAUAAAUGAAAGAGCAGAGAUUGAUAAAGUUACUAAGUUCGUGGAUCCAUUGAUUGGUACACAAAAUGAGGGUCAUGUAUUUCCCAAUCCAUGUCUUCCUUAUGGAGUUGUAAAGGUGGGGUUCGAUACUGAUAAUAUAAAAGAUAAUCAAGGAGGGUAUACCGUUGAUGGAAAUAUUACAGGAAUAAGCCAUUUACAUGUUAGUGGAACAGGAGGUAAAAAGACAACUUAUUAUCAGUUAUGUUAUAAAUUUGACAUAUUGAUUUUUAUACUUGGAUUUUUUAAUUUCCGCAAUUAUACUUUAUUUUAUUCUUAUAACCCAACAUUCUAUUCAUUAAAAAAAGGUGAACCAAAAUAUGGUGUAAUUUCACAAUUUCCAUUAACCUCUACCUCAUUAUAUACUAUCCCACUUCGUAAUUACAAAUCUUUACGUUCAUUCGAACAUUUCGAAGUCGGAUACUCUAAAUUUGGAUUAGAAAAAUAUAAUGUCACUGUUGAAUUAACUGCUGCUAGAAGAACCGGUGUUCAUAGAUAUACUUUUGUAAAAAACAAGCAAAAAAAAGCAUUUGUACUAUUAGAUCUAAGCCAUAUAUUGACACAAGGUGGAAGUUCACGAUACAGAGGUGGUUCAAUAUACACUGUUUCCCCAUCCCAGAUAACAGGAGUGGGUCAUUAUUCUGGAGGAUGGAAUGAAGGUUCAAAAUACACAGUAUAUUUUUGUUCUCAAUUUAACAAAAAUUCUAGUUCUUUCGGUACAUUUUGGAAGAAUUUUAUAAUUGAAAACUUAACCUUUCAAAGUUCAUCUGACGUAUCUUUUGAUACACCUGCUAUUGGAGCAGUUCUUGGAUUUGAUUUUAAUGAUGAACCACAUGAAUCAAAUUUAGUCAUAACAUCACGAGUUGGAAUAAGUUUUAUAUCUUCGAAUCAAGCAUGUAAAAGUGCACAAGAAGAAGUUCCAAAUUUUGAUUUUGAAAAAACUCGUGAAUUGGCUGUUGAUGCAUGGGAAACCGAACUUUCAAAAAUUAAAGUUGAUGGUGAAGUUAGGAGUGAUUUAAAAACCAUCUUUUAUUCUAGUUUAUAUAGAACAAUGAUUAUUCCUAGUGAUCGUACGGGUGAAAAUCCGAAAUGGUCUUCUUAUGAUAAUGAAGGAAAACUUGUACCAAAUUAUGACGAUUUUUAUACAUUGUGGGAUACAUUUAGAUCUACAAUUCCAUUGUUUACAUUAUUUCAACAAUCCAGGGUAAUUGACAUUACUCGCUCAUUAAUUGAUAUAUAUCAACAUGAAGGAUACAUGCCUGAUGGUCGUAGCGGGAUGUCAAAUGGGAUAACACAAGGUGGAAGUAAUGCUGAUAUGGUUGUUGCCGAAGUAUUUUUAAAAAACCUUACCAAUAACAAUAAAAUCAACAAUUCCUUAAACUGGACAUUAGCCUAUGAGGCAUUGUUAAAAGAUGCGGAAGAUGAUCCAUGGGAACGAGGAAUUUUUGAAGGAAGAAUGUUUUUAUUGCAUUACAAAACAUUAGGAUAUAUUCCAUUUCCUACACAUAAAAUGUUGAGUUAUGCAUAUGUACCUUGUAGCAGAACUAUAGAAUAUUCAACUAAUGAUUGGUCUAUUGCUUUGGUUGCCAAAAAAUUGAAUAAAGAUGAAGAUUACAUAAAAUAUCAAAGUCGUGCCAAGAAUUGGGAAAAUUUAUGGUAUCCUAAUAAGACCAUUAAAG